AUCUCUGCAAGAAAGUGGCCUGGAAGGGCCAAGUUUGCCCAUCACUGAUCUAGAGGAACGCUCACUGAGGAAGAAAACCAGCUAUGCAGAACCAUCAUGGUAUACUGGGUUAACUUUAUUCGUACUGGAAGCUGCUGCUCUGGUAGCCUUGCAGGGUCCACUGCAUCUUUAGGUCCAGCUGCUGUGACAAAAUUGUGGAGCUACAAACAGCGGUUGCCUCUGUGAGUUCUUUUAGCUGACAUCAUCAUAUUUCACCUAGUGACUGAAUUACCCCCAUAACAAAGAAUGGAGGGGGCCGUGGUAAACAACCUCAUAGACUUUGACUCACCCCCAGAAGGGACAGCUCCCUCUGUUCUUGGACCUCCCAGUGGUGCAGGCUUUUUCUCAUCCGAGCCUCUCUUCCCUGAGCCUGCGAGCGACGCCACCAUGGAGCCCCUUCUACCAGAACCAAUGGCCCCCACACACACUUCCCACAGAGAAGAAGAUAGUGACGCCACCGAAUCUGCCGACAGCGACAACGAGGGUACAGAAUCCCCAUCGCGCCCGUCGAGCACACGACGGUUCUCAUCCUGCUCCAGUCACAGCGCUGAGGAUGCAGAAGAGACGGAGAUAAGAGCGUUCAUGAAAACCUAUGUGGCAAAGCUCUUCCAUGGAAGGGAGGACUUUGAUCAUGAGGAGAAGGCUCACUUUGGAGAGCUGUGCACUGGAGAGAAUGGCAAAGGCAGGGAGUGGUUUGCCAAAUAUAUCAGUGCGCAGCGCUGCCACUCCAAAUGUGUAAGUGAACAAACGUUCUACAGGCUGGUUCAGUCCUUCGCUGUUGUUUUAUUUGAAUGCCACCAGGUGGAUGAUUAUGGCCCAGCCAAACACCUCAUGACCAUGUGCUUCACAUAUUACUACAUGGGUAAGUCCCAGCUGUCUCCCACAGAGCUGCUGGAGAGGCCCAGCGGGGGGGUCGACUCGUAUCUGCGCAGUGGAAAGGUCUGGCUCUCUGGGAAGAAGGAUAUCGCAGAGCGACUGCUCAAAAACACCUCCACUAAGACUGAUGUUAAAGGAUUCUUUGGGGGUCUGGAGAAUAAACUGAGAGGACCUUUGGGCCGAAAGAACGAAGACACAGAAAAACCUGCUGAACAGAAAACCAAAACUCCAGUUUCUCCCCCUCUCUCCCCGGAUAGAAAAGAAGAGGAGAAAAUGUACCUGUACACACACCUGAAACAGCAGCCCAUUUGGCACACUUUGAGGUUUUGGAACGCAGCGUUUUUCGAUGCUGUCCACUGUGAGAGAAAUAAAAGAUCCCCCACAACGAGGCGGACGGCUGAGGAAGAGAAAGAUGAAAGAGAAAAGUGGUGCCAUAUGACCCAGGAAGAGAAAGACGAUAGCUCCAGAUUUAAUGAGAACAUCACCUUCGGUCAGCUGGGAACAUUCACCCAUAACAUGGUGGCUUUUGGAUUGAGCAAGAAACUCUGCAAUGACUUCUUGAAGAAACAGGCUGUCAUUGGAAAUCUGAAUGAAGAGCAAUACAAGCUGCUGUGUGACCACAUUGAGCAGAUGGCUGCAGAGUGAAUAUCCAAAAUCAUCUAAAAUCUGCCAUCCACAUCAGCACAUCCAUUCAAGCUCUAAUGAUCAGUAUUCCACAAAUGGCAACAGUUUCGCCUCUGUUAUCACCCCAAAGCCCUACCACUAUCCUUACCAACCAGUACAGAAAUAAUGCAACUAAAAUAGUUGGCAUAGAUCAGCCACAUCCCAUGAUCCUAUAGUGUCCAGCUGCAGUGUAAAAAUUGUUUAUUUUUGUUCAAAAUGCAACAAUGUGAAAAAAAAACUCUGCACAUACUCUGGAAUGGCAAUAUGGCUCAGAGUCUUCAGGCAUCAUAAGACACAAUAUAAACUCUGUAUUAUAUAUUAUGACGAGAACGCGAUGCAAAUCACCAUUUAUAAUAUUCCACAUAUCUUUCCUCCUACUUUUAUGUACAGAACUAUAGUACUAAAAGUGUUCUUAGAGCAAAUACAAUGACAAAUGAUGAACAAAAAAUGAACACUGUCUAACAAUAUCAGUAUGUCACUAUAUCAAUAUCAACAAAAUCAAUGUAUCAAUAUUAUUGGUCAAUAUUUCCAAGUCCAUCUGCUCCUGUUUGAUGUUCCCAUCUAUUGCACUUUUAUGGUUUUGUGUUCUUCCUCUAUGGAUAAAUUGAGUAUUAGUGUUUGUGACAUGCUCAUAAUAUGUGGAGACUCGAACUAUGUCUGUCCCCCGGUUUAAAGUGCCUUUAGUCAUAUAUUAAGCGGUGAUCUUCCCAUUUUAGUGCGAACAAACCUGUGUCAGCAUGCUGUUAUCCUCCCAUGACUCUGGGGUAGCGCUCAUAAGUUUGUGCACCCUGCCAAUAGAUGUGUUCGUGUUGAAUGGAUAAUGCUUGCGGUUCGUAUUUGAGUCAGUUAAAGAAAAGCAUCAUGCUGCAGCUGUUUCGAUGUUGUACAGUGUUGUGUCUUUAGCGCAUGGUAUGCAUGCACGUUUACCAUCUACUUACACUGUUGUGCAAUUACAUUUCAAGUCAGUAGAGGGCAAUCAUAACCCUCCGCUUCGACUGAAGAUCGGUGGAAGUGAAUGUUAACCACUGAGUGGGGUCUUCAAGAGCUUGUAUUGGAUCAUAUGUCCUCUAUCUGAGGAAAAAAUAAAUUUUAUAUAUCUGGAUUGUAAAUACAGAUUGUUUUGUUCACACAAUAAUGAGGAACUGGAUACUAACAAUGGGCUAGUUUAAAGGGAUCAUCAGAUUGUUGGGCAUUUAUUUAUUCAGUGUCUGUAUGUGUUGUUGUACAUGAAUGCAUGGUUGUAUCAGGAAUGUGCUGGAUCCAAUAUGGUCUUUGCAUUUCAGAUGAUGUUGUUAAUAUUGUGCUGUCUAUGUAAAUUUACUGUAUGUUCAUAGUAAGCGCAGUGGUCUGCAUUGUAUUUUUCCCAAGUGCCCUGAAUUUCCUAUUGGAACGUACCUAGAAACCAACAAGAGAGGUGUUGACCUGUCUCUAAUGUGUGAAGUGUUUAUAAUAAAAAAUCCAAACAAAA